AUGAAGCAAAAUAACGCUCUGAGGAACGGAGGAUCCGACCUCGGCCUACGCUUCACGCCAGACUACGACAACGACAAUGAAGAAAAUCAAGACAAUCCCCAUCAGGUGGACUACGAUCACAAGGACAUUCCAGCCAAAAUCAAGGAAAAUCAAGCCAACUGGGACGCAGAUUCUGACCUCGGCCUACGCAUCACCCAAGUCAAGCGCCACAAUAGCAAAGACCAGCGACAAAUCAAGAAAAUGCGCCCAGGACCAGGACCAGGAAUGCAAUACCACAGACUACAAAAAUCAAGAAAACACCCGCAUGACAAGGAUAAGGAUCAGGACACAAUACAAUGCAACAGUCCACGACAGCCAAGUCAACGAUAUGAAAUGCAAUGCCAUACGAUACUAUGCAAUACAAUUCGAUAUCAUAGUCGAUCCGAGGAUAAGAAAAACGAGGGCAUACAUAUGUUAGGCUUCGCGUACCAUCGAUUCAAAGACCAAAUAUCAAGCAAAAUGAGACGACAUCAGACCAAUAUUUUCGCAAAAAUCAAGCAAAAUCAAGUCAACUCGCGCAUAGAUUCUGACCUCGGCCUACGCAUCACCCCCAAUCAGCGCCACCGCACGCAAGACUACGAUAUACGAUACAAUCAGACAAACAUCACGAUAGCAAGUCAAGCAAUACCAUACGAUCAGACAAGCAUCACGAUAGCAACCGAAAUAAAAGACAAUCAGGCCAUACCACAGCAAUCCAAACGCCAAAAAUCAAGCAAAAUCAGACCACAUCAUAGCAAUAUUUUCGCAAAAAUCAAGCAAAAUCAAGUCGACUCGCACGCAGAUUCUGACCUCAGCCUACACGUCACCCCCAAUCAGCACCACCGCACGCAAGACCACGACAGCAAAGACCACGAUGUACCAUCCGAUCAGACAAGCAUUACAUUAGCAAGUCAAGCAAUACCAUACGAUCAGGCCGCACCAUAUCAAUACAAACACAGAAAAUCAAGCAAAAUGAGACCAUAUCAGAGCGAUAUUUUCGCAAAAAUCAAGCAAAAUCAAGUCAACUCGCACGCAGAUUCUGACCUCAGCCAACGCGUCCCCCCCAAUCAGGGCUACCACACGCAAGACUACGAUAGCAAAUAUCAAGCAAAAUCAAGUCAAGUCAGACACGGAUUCUGA